AUGCAAAACGACUCGGCGCAACUGGAAGACUGCGAUGUGGGACACAAUGCCAAAAUCAGUCUUGCGGCACUCUAUUCUCUCAUGUGCCUGUUUGGGACCAUUUUAAACCUUUUGGUUGUUUACCUGGUCGUGACAUUUAAGAAACUUCGGACGGCUAGCAAUGCGUUUAUUGUGAACGGCUGUAUAGCCGACCUGUUGGUGUGCGCAUUUUGGAUGCCGCACGAGGCGGUGGGAAUUUAUUCUGGAAGCCCUUUCCCGGCUGGGUACCAAGCCUUCAAAGAUGCGCUCUUAUUCAUCGGCAUCACUGUCUCUCUUCUCUCCCAUUCCCUGGUCGCCGUCAACCGAUACGUGUUGAUUACCAAAUCACCAGUGACCUAUCUGUCCAUAUACCAAAAAAGACGCACAGAAUGGAUGAUAAGCGCAUCGUGGCUUUCGGCGCUGGGAUUUAUUUUACCCUGGAUCACAUCUUUACGGUACCCACAGGAAGGAUGCUCAUAUCUCCCGGCUUCCGCAGCAUCACUGCUCAAAGGAGGGAAGCCCAUUUUCUCUGACCCAUUUGCAGCUGGUACCCUGGCGUUGACUAUUAUUGGUCAGACAAUGGUUGUUCUGUAUUGCUAUUUAAAAAUCUUUCGAAGGGUGCAGAUCAGUGUGAAGAGGGUCAGCAUAUUACAUUUUCCUAUCGUGAAUAACCUUCCAUAUUCGUUCCCCAGAAAGGACAAACGUUUGGGGUUCUACGUGUUGGCAGUGUGUUUCAUAUUCAUACUCACUACACAGCCUCUUUUCUGGGUGUUAUCAAUAGCACUUUUUACCACAGUGCCAUUGGCACUAAGGACUUGUUCAUGGAUGUUUUUCUGCACUCUCUUUGUUACAAACCCAUUUCUCUACACGUGGAAGAACGAGGAGUUUAGAAAAUCUUUCAGAUCCGUGCUCAAGGGAGAAUUUUGGAGAGGGUCUACAGUUGGGGUUGAGCCCAUCACAAUUAAUACAAUAUCUCACCUUCUGCCGAGACAAAACAGUAGAAGGGCAUUUUUGGCUGAGAUAAAUUGA